AUGCCGCCGCUCCCCGCCCUCGCCCUGCUGCUGGCGGCGGCGGCGGCGCUCCCCACCGCGGCCGCCUGGAGGCCACAGCCUAACCCGUUCCCCUUCACCACCGAAAUGAGACAAUGGGCCGACGAAUUGAAUUGCCUUAGGAUCACAGACGCGCUGUACUACUCAACACCCCCGCGUUUCGACAAGCGGGAGCAGACGCCUGGACCCUCUGUGGCAAUGGACAGGCAGCGCUACCUACAAGAGAGUGGACAGUACUACUACACCGUCACCUGCGCGGCCUGCCCAGAUGCCGCCGUGGCCCCCCGCGACUUCCUGAAGGAUGCGACGUUCAAGUGGUUUGGGGACACGCCCUACUGCAACGGCGCCUGCCCCCGCGGCUGGACCGCGCUGACGGGGCCCGUGUCGUCAGGGCCGGGCCGCCCCGCAAGCGAGGAUCGCUAUUUUGGCUCGCCCUGCGAAAUCGAGGAUGUCCCCGGCAAGGUCCUGUGCGCCUUUCCGGGGCGCAAGGCCUGCAAUCGCUGCACUUACCGCUUGUGCGUGUGCGACGACACAAAUACCUGCCAGCCGGGGGAGACGCUUGUGGCGCUGGAUGCCGCUCCGUGGGUUGCCCGAGCGGCGCUGUGUGAGCUCUGUGCGCGGUCGGUGUUUGACGAGUCCAAGUGUGGAGAGCCGCGGGAGCAAUGCGUCAAAGCCAAUUACCCUCGAUACUUGCAAGAUUAUUGCUUGGAGGGUGAGCGCAUUGUGGACAAGCCUACCACCAGUUGCGAGAGCUCGGUGUGGUGCCAGAGCUGCCCCCUAGAUUAUGUCGCUUCUGCCGCUGCAAGCGCCUCUGCCGCCGGUCGCAGGCAGCCCAAGUGCCUCAAGCGGGCGUGCACCAAGCCGUUGCGCAACCGCCGCUUUGUUGGGCGCCCCGCCCUCACACUCUCUGGCGUCACCACCUACGCCGCCUGCUGCAAGAUGUGCCGCACAAUCACGGGCUGUGUACGUUUUGGCACGUGCCAGCCACCGGCUAGCUGCAGGCCACAGGAGGCAGAUGUGGACAUGGCGUCAUGUAUGCGGGGACAGCUGUGGUGCACGAUACGACGACAUGGGCGCAUAAUAUGGGUUGCUGAGUUUACAAAUGUAAUGUGCUCAAUGUAUUCACUCUCUUACCGCCACUUCGCCAGGUCAGCACAGCGCAGGAACGCGGGUCGGGGGGACCCACUGCCGCCCGCCCAGGCGCCCGACUGCUACCUCGCCGGCGGGGCCGCCGCCGCCGCCGAGCCAGCCGAGUGGGAGGCGUUCACGCUGCCCUUCCAGCCCGUGGAGCAGCUGUCGGCCGACACGCUGCCACUGAGCAGCCACAACUGCACCGGCGACGAGGUGUACCUGCGGGUGUGCCGCUACACCAACCUGCUGCUGCACAACGGGGAGGUGUUCUAUGUCGCCAGAGGCGGCGCCUCUGCCCAGCUGCCCCCCCUGGCGGAUGUGUGCUACAACCAGGGGCGCAAGGAGUUCCAGCCCAAGCUGCUGCUCCGCUCCAACGCCUCCUCCUUGGGCUGGGACUUCUCAACGCGCCAGGCCGCGGCCCUGCCCCGCACCUGGCUGUGGACGUUCAGCAACCCGGCGGCAAACUUCUACCACCACAUGGCUGAGGAGCUCAUCACCAUGCACAACACGCUGUGCCAGGCGCUGGGGCUGUGCCGCUACGAGCAGCGCGCCGACCCGGCGCAGGACCUGCUGAUACUGGGCCUCAACGGCGCCGUGCUGUCCAAGCCGGGGCAGCCCAAGGUCCUGCUGGCGCGCCCCGCCAACGCCACCAUCGCCCAGUGCAUCACCGCCCGCCCCGCGCUGCUCACAAAGCACCACAGCCUGUGGGGCAAGGUCAUUCUGCUGCGCGAGGCCUGGGCGGGCAUCGGGCCAGCCUGCAGAGCCAUGGGCUGCAGGGCCAGCGUGACCCGGCAGGACCGCAGCCCCAUCCCGGCCGCCGGCCUGCAGCGGUACCGCGACCGCAUGGCCGCCUGCUACGGCGUACCGCUGGAGCAGCCCGCCUCCCUGCACCCGCUGCGCAUCCUGGUCAUCGACCGCACGUACGAGUCGGGGCGCCACAUCCUCAACAUCCGCUCCGUGAUGCAGCUGGUGCGGCAGAGGUUCCCCGCGGAUGAGGUGCAGCUGGCGUACUUUGAGGACCUGUCGUUCCGGGAGCAGCUGCAGCGCAUGUCUUGGGCCAGCAUCGUGCUGCUCAUGCACGGCGCCGCGCUGGGCCUGGUGCCGCUCAUGCCCCCGGGGGCGGUCUUCAUUCACGUGAUGCCCGACCGCGACAACCACGGCGCGCAGGCGUGGGCCCAGUUCAUGGUGGACGACUUCAGCUUCCUGAACAUCUCCUUCGUGCCGCUGAACAACACAGACGGCGCCCUGGAGCGGCUCAAGCUGGAGAAUGUGCGGCAGGAUGAGUUCUUCCAAGAGCUCUCGCCGUCGGACAGGCUGAUGGUGCUGGAGGAGGGGCGGUGCCCCAGGAAGAAAGCGUACUGCAAGAUGUUCUUCUUCCGAAAGCAGGUGAACCUGGUGCUCAACCUGGAAGACCUGGGGUGGGCCCUGGACACGGCUGUGCAGCAGCUGCGGGGCGCCGGGCGCCCAGGCAGCGGCGGCGACGAGCAGGCGGCGACGUCGCUCGACAGGCCUGCCAAGACAGACUGA